CCUUGACAUUCAGUACACGGAGGUUAGUUAUUCAAACACAAAUUGAACUAACCUUCGUGUAGGUACUAAAAAAAGUGUUUUUGUUUAUCUUAUCAGACUAACGACAAAUAAAUGAUUCGUUACUUUCACAUUUGUCAUUUAACAAUAGAAGAGGAAAAUGCACUAGAGGUGGUGCCAAUACUGCUUAUCACUAACAGAUAGUGGCUGAUACAGCAUUUUAUUGUGUCAUAUGCCUGUUGUAAUUAUCCUAUGGUCUGUGAUUAUCCUGUUUUAGAUGUUGUUAGUUGUUUAGUUGUGUUUCGUUUGGUAGACAAGAUCUGUAACUAUGAGCAGUAGGUCGGGAUGCGAUAUAUGUGUUUGCAAGGAGGAUCUUCCAAACCACAAAGGUUCUCUUCAACAUCGCUUCAACUUUGCAUUAUUUGAGUGGACUAAAUAUAGACGAGCAAUUGUCAAGAACCGAAAUGGCAUAGAAAUUGAGGUAAAACUCCAUAACAUAGAAACGAAUCGAAAUGAUUUGGUGUAUAAGUUUGAAGAAAAAAAGGGUCGUCAUGGAAUGACGGUGUUGGAACAGCGUGCUAGAGAUGAAAUGGUACAAAACAAUGGGAUCAGCUAUAUCUUCACUGUAUUAAAUAAGCAGCGAUCUAAAAGUAUUUUCUUAAUGGGUACAAUGCUUUUACAUCCAAAUAAUAAUUUUAAAUUGGAGGAUUUUGAAGGAAAAAUGACAGAAAAUACUAUUUUACAACUUGAACCAAAUGCCUCAUACAGUUUUAAAGUUACAUUCAACUUAAAUCGUGUAAAAGUGAGUACUUUCGCCAUGCCCGUAGCUAUACAUCUGCAGACCGAACGUCUUGAAAAUUUUACUAUAUCUCGAGAAAUGGUGAGUAUAAAGUUUAGACCAUUUUCAUAUAUUUUCAAAGAAUCAGAAUUUCGUUAUGGAAA